AAAAGGAGACGCCGUACAGUCUACAUGUCUCUAUCUUUUACCGCGUUUCGCAUGUAUGUUUGUAGGUCAGACAGCAAAGAAGCGCGUUUAUGGACCGAGAACGUAUUACCAGAUGUAAACGUUGAUUUCGACUUGACAGCAUGGUGUUGGACAACAUUAUAAACAAGUUUUCCCAGCUGCGACUCGGUAAUGUGAUCAGGGAUGACGACGUCGUCGACCAACUCCAUCACUAUGUGAUGGUGGUCACCUUGACCACACUCGCUAUCGGGAUCGGAACUAAACAGUUUGUGGGCAAGCCGAUCCACUGUUGGCUCCCAGCGCAGUAUAAAGAGGAUGACCAGCAGGACUACGUGAACAGCCUCUGCUGGAUCUCCGACCUCUACAACGUCCCCUUCAUCCACGAACUCCCCCUUGCAGACGAGGACCGCUUCUCUUCCGACAAGGCCAUCAACUACUACCGAUGGGCAAUGCUCAUCCUCAUCCUCCAGGCUGUGAUGUUUGAGCUGCCGCACUUCUUCUGGAAAAGUUUAAAAGGUCAUUCCGGUUUGAACAUCAAGAAGAUCAUAUCAAUGUGUAUGGAGUGCCAGUUAAGCUCCAAGGCCGCUCGGGUGAAGAAACUGGGCCAGGUUGCAAUGUUCAUAAACAGAUGGUUGAGGACGUAUCGCAGAUUUACCACACCUAUUCUCAACUGUUGUCAGUUUGGGAAACGAUCAGGGCGUUAUCUGGUUCUGCUGUACAUGUUCACCAAAUUCCUUUACCUCGUCAAUGUUGUAGCACAGUUCCAGAUUCUCACUAUAUUCCUUGGCUUCAACUACUGGACAUAUGGUGUUGAGGUCGGAGGAUAUCUGGCCGAAGAUCCACUCUGGAAAGACUUUCAGCACUUCCCUCGGAUUGGAAUGUGCGAUUUCGACAUCAGGCAGCUUCAAAAUAUCCAUCGAUACACAGUCCAGUGUGUUCUCUCUAUUAACCUUUUCCUGGAAAAGAUCUUCGCUGGACAGUGGUUUGUCAUGGUCAUUCUAUCCGUGGUGACUCUUCUCAGUUUUUUGUCCUGGUUCGUCGAGGAGGUGUUUACAUCUCGGCGAGAACGUUUCCUGCACAAAUACAUAUACUUGAUCGAUACAGAAAGAAAGAAAGAUGGCGGUUCCCUGGAUACAAAACUUUUCAAGAAAUUUGUCAGGGGAUAUCUCCGCCAGGAUGGCGUCUUCUUGAUUAGGAUUGUUGUCAAUAACACAAACGACAUACUGGCUUAUGACCUGCUGAAUCAACUCUGGACAUUAUUUGAAAAUGAACAUAAGAUCAAUUCAUCUGAAGCUGAACCGCUAAUUAAUGGAGUAACACUGGGAGAGAAAACAGAAGGUGAAACUGCAACAUGGCUGUUUCCAAAUGAAGUUUCCCGGAAUAAAGUACCAAAGAAAAGAAAGUUUGCCCGAACCGCUUUAAGGAGCUCAAGCCGAGAAUCAUAGACAAAACAUAGACAAAUAUAGGCGUUUUAUAACAGACGAAAGGGAAUAAAUAGAAGUGCCAUGUAUGUCACUUAUCAGAUCCACCUAAGCAAUACGUAACAAAAAACAUUUUUAUCGAUUUGCAAUAAAUAUAUUGCACACUUACAUGCAGAAGUUGUGAAGUUUUAGUAUCGAUAAAUGUUUUAUCUAUAUGUGGUUAUAAACUAUUUUGAAAAGUUGAAUACUGUUAGGUUAUACUUUUAGGUGAAUCUGUUGACGCGGUGAAAUAAAACAGCAGCUGACAACUU